CUCUGCCCGACCUCCGCCCCUCCCCCCUCUUCCAUCUCCCAUCCUCCUUUUCAUUGAGCUGUCCGUCCACCAUCUCGACGGUAGUUCAUUUUACUUAAUAUUCAUUCAUCAUGGCGUCUUUCGGCAAUCCGACCCAGAUCUUCGCAGACGAUGUUAUCGAGGAGAAAGGCGAGAACGCACGUCUCUCUGCCUUCGUGGGAGCCAUUGCGGUCGGAGAUUUGGUGAAGAGCACAUUGGGCCCCAAGGGCAUGGAUAAGAUUUUGCAGUCAGCAUCGACCGGUGAAAUCCUCGUGACGAAUGACGGUGCGACGAUUCUGAAGGCGAUUGCUCUUGAUAACGCCGCCGCCAAGGUGUUGGUGAACAUUUCCAAGGUUCAGGAUGAUGAAGUCGGUGACGGAACGACGUCGGUUACCGUUUUGGCGGCGGAGCUGCUGCGGGAGGCCGAGAAACUGGUGAACCGCAAGAUCCACCCCCAGACCAUCAUCGACGGCUACCGCAUAGCCAGCAAGGCCGCCCUGGAAGCCCUGGACAAGAUCGCGGUCGACCGCAGCUCGGAUCAGGAGUGGUUCCGGAGAGACCUCCACUCCAUCGCCCGCACCACCCUCAGCUCCAAGGUCCUGGCGCAGGAUCGUGAGCACUUCGCCUCUCUCGCCUGUGAUGCCGUCCUCCGUCUUCGCGGAUCCACCGACCUGAGUCAGAUCCAGAUCAUCAAGAAGGCUGGUGGAAAGCUUAGCGACUCUUACCUGGACGAGGGUUUCAUUCUGGACAAGAAGAUCGGUGUCAACCAGCCCAAGCGCCUGGAGAACGCCAAGAUCCUGGUCGCCAACACGGCCAUGGACACGGACAAGGUGAAGAUCUUCGGUGCCCGGGUCAAGGUCGAGUCGACGGGCAAGCUGGCCGAGCUGGAGAAGGCGGAGCGUGAGAAGAUGAAGGCCAAGGUCGAUCGCAUCAAGUCCCACGGCAUCAACUGCUUCGUCAACCGACAGUUGAUCUACAACUGGCCCGAGCAGCUGUUCACCGAGGCCGGAAUCAUGUCCAUCGAGCACGCCGACUUCGACGGCAUCGAGCGUCUGGCCCUGGUCACGGGUGGUGAGAUCGCCUCGACCUUCGAUGACCCGGAGCAGGUCAAGCUGGGCUCGUGCGAUGUGAUUGAGGAGGUGAUCAUCGGUGAAGAUACCCUGAUUAAGUUCUCCGGUGUUGCCGCCGGGCAGGCAUGCACCAUCGUGCUGCGUGGUGCCACGGAGCAGCUGCUCGACGAAGCGGAGCGCUCGCUGCACGACGCCCUGGCCGUCAUCUCGCAGACGGUCAAGGAGCCCCGCGUCACCCUGGGCGGUGGCUGCGGAGAGAUGAACAUGUCCAAGGCCGUCGAGCAGGCCGCUCAGAACACCACCGGCAAGAAGCAGAUGGCCGUCGAUUCGUUCGCGUACGCCCUGAAGCAGCUGCCGACCAUUCUGGCCGAUAACGCCGGUCUGGACUCCAGCGACCUGGUGACCCGACUCCGACAGGCGAUCAACAGCGGCAUGACGAACUCCGGGUUGGAUCUGGCCACUCCCGGUGGUGGCAUCGCCGACAUGCGGGAGCUGGGCGUGGUGGAAAGCUACAAGCUGAAGAAGGCUGUGGUGUCCUCUGCCUCGGAAGCUGCAGAGCUGCUUCUCCGUGUGGACAACAUCAUCCGUUCCGCUCCCCGCCGACGUGAUCGCAUGUAAGGUGUAGAUUGCGGUUGGACUGGUGGCGGUUGGGGAUUGAGGGUACUGGGUGGAUAUGGACGUGCUCUUCGAGCGUAAUAACCGUGAUAGAUCCAUGAUAUGAUACAUUAAAAGCAUCUGAUGA